CCUCCUUCUUUACUCCUCCCAGGAAGCGGUGAUAGACAGUUCUGUGUGGUUCUCCACCCCCCCACCCCCCCCUCCCCGGCAGAGUGGAGGAGUUGAUGUGUCUCAUUAUAACAGCCAAUGCAGCCGCCAUCCACGCACAAGCAAAGAAGCAUGUCCCAUUUAAAUACACCCACGCAGCCCCAGCGCCCUUAGCUGAGCAGGGCGCGCAGCCCACACGCACCGCGGCUCCGGGCUUGGAGAUCCGCGCAGGUUGGGCUCCCGGACCCGUAGGACCGAAGAGCGGAGGAUCGGGAUCGGGUGCUGUGGGGCCGGGGUGGGCGGGGGAGGCUGGGCCCGGGGCCUCUGGCGCGACACCCGCAUGAGGACGCGAGUGAAAUAGACCAAGGUGGAAUUUCCAAGGGAGAAGCUUCAGGGUGGUUUUGGACCAUUUCUCCCGCGAAGAAGUAGACAUGGCGAGCGACUCUCCGGCUCGCAGCCUGGAUGAAAUCGAUCUCUCAGCUCUGAGGGACCCUGCAGGGAUCUUUGAAUUAGUGGAACUUGUUGGAAAUGGAACAUACGGACAAGUUUAUAAGGGUCGUCAUGUUAAAACGGGCCAGCUUGCAGCCAUUAAGGUUAUGGAUGUCACAGGGGAUGAAGAGGAAGAAAUCAAACAAGAAAUUAACAUGUUGAAGAAAUAUUCUCAUCACCGAAAUAUUGCUACAUACUAUGGUGCUUUUAUCAAAAAGAACCCACCAGGCAUGGAUGACCAACUUUGGUUGGUGAUGGAGUUUUGUGGCGCUGGCUCUGUCACUGACCUGAUCAAGAACACAAAAGGUAACACCUUGAAGGAGGAGUGGAUCGCAUACAUCUGCAGGGAGAUCUUACGAGGGCUGAGUCAUCUCCACCAGCAUAAAGUGAUUCAUCGAGAUAUUAAAGGGCAGAAUGUCUUGCUGACUGAGAAUGCCGAAGUUAAACUAGUGGACUUUGGCGUUAGUGCCCAGCUCGAUCGAACAGUGGGCAGGAGAAAUACCUUCAUCGGGACCCCUUACUGGAUGGCACCAGAAGUCAUUGCCUGUGACGAAAACCCAGACGCCACAUACGAUUUCAAGAGUGACCUGUGGUCUUUGGGAAUCACCGCUAUCGAGAUGGCAGAAGGUGCUCCCCCUCUCUGUGACAUGCACCCCAUGAGAGCCCUCUUCCUCAUCCCCCGGAACCCAGCGCCUCGCCUGAAGUCGAAGAAGUGGUCAAAAAAAUUCCAGUCAUUUAUUGAGAGCUGCUUGGUAAAGAAUCACAGCCAGCGACCAGCAACAGAACAAUUGAUGAAGCAUCCAUUUAUACGAGACCAACCUAAUGAACGACAGGUCCGCAUUCAACUCAAGGACCAUAUUGACAGAACAAAGAAGAAGCGAGGAGAGAAAGAUGAGACCGAGUAUGAGUACAGUGGAAGUGAGGAAGAAGAGGAGGAGAAUGACUCGGGAGAGCCCAGCUCCAUCCUGAACCUGCCAGGGGAGUCCACGCUGCGGCGGGACUUCCUGAGGCUCCAGCUGGCCAACAAGGAGCGUUCGGAGGCCCUGCGGCGGCAGCAGCUGGAGCAGCAGCAGCGGGAGAACGAGGAGCACAAGCGGCAGCUGCUGGCCGAGCGCCAGAAGCGCAUAGAGGAGCAGAAGGAGCAGCGGCGGCGGCUGGAGGAGCAACAAAGGCGAGAGAAGGAGCUGCGGAAGCAGCAGGAGAGAGAGCAGCGCCGGCACUAUGAAGAGCAGAUGCGCCGGGAGGAGGAGAGGCGGCGCGCGGAGCAUGAGCAGGAGUACAUCAGGCGACAGUUAGAGGAGGAGCAGAGACAGUUAGAGAUCUUGCAGCAGCAGCUACUGCAUGAACAAGCUCUACUUCUGGAAUAUAAGCGCAAACAAUUGGAAGAACAGAGACAAGCAGAAAGACUACAGAGACAGCUAAAGCAAGAGAGAGACUACUUGGUGUCUCUCCAGCAUCAACGACAGGAGCAGAGGCCUGUGGAGAAGAAGCCACUGUACCAUUACAAAGAAGGGAUGAGUCCUAGCGAGAAACCAGCAUGGGCCAAGGAGGUAGAAGAGCGGUCAAGGCUCAACCGGCAGAGUUCGCCGGCCAUGCCUCACAAGGUUGCCAACAGAAUAUCUGACCCCAACCUGCCCCCGAGGUCGGAGUCCUUCAGUAUCAGUGGAGUUCAGCCUGCUCGGACACCCCCCAUGCUCAGACCAGUUGAUCCCCAGAUUCCACAUCUGGUAGCUGUAAAAUCCCAGGGACCUGCCUUGACUGCCUCCCAGUCAGUGCACGAGCAGCCCACCAAGGGCCUCUCUGGGUUCCAGGAGGCUCUGAACGUGACCUCUCACCGCGUUGAGAUGCCACGCCAGAACUCGGAUCCCACUUCCGAAAACCCUCCUCUCCCCACUCGCAUCGAGAAGUUUGACCGAAGCUCUUGGUUACGACAGGAAGAAGACAUUCCACCAAAGGUGCCUCAAAGAACAACUUCUAUAUCCCCAGCGUUAGCCAGAAAGAAUUCUCCUGGAAAUGGUAGUGCUCUGGGACCCAGGCUAGGAUCUCAACCCAUCAGAGCAAGCAACCCCGACCUCCGGAGAACUGAGCCCGUCUUGGAGAGCCCCUUGCAGAGGACCAGCAGUGGUAGUUCCUCCAGCUCCAGCACCCCGAGCUCCCAGCCCAGCUCCCAAGGAGGCUCUCAGCCUGGCUCACAAGCGGGGUCCAGUGAACGGACCAGAGUUCGAGCCAACAGUAAGUCGGAAGGAUCGCCUGUGCUCCCCCACGAGCCUUCCAAAGUGAAGCCAGAAGAAUCCAGGGACAUUACCCGACCUAGUCGACCAGCUAGCUAUAAGAAAGCGAUAGAUGAGGACCUGACGGCAUUAGCCAAAGAAUUACGAGAACUCCGGAUCGAAGAAACAAACCGCCCGCUGAAGAAGGUGACUGAUUACUCCUCCUCCAGCGAGGAGUCGGAAAGUAGUGAUGAAGAGGAGGAAGAUGGAGAGAGCGAGACCCACGACGGGACGGUGGCCGUCAGUGACAUACCCAGACUCAUACCCACAGGAGCCCCUGGGAGCACUGAGCAGUACAAUGUGGGAAUGGUCGGCACGCACGGGCUGGAGACCUCUCACACGGACACUUUCAGCAGCAGUAUUUCAAGAGAAGGAACCCUGAUGAUAAGAGAGACAUCUGGAGAGAAGAAGCGAUCUGGCCACAGUGACAGCAAUGGCUUUGCUGGCCACAUCAAUCUACCAGACCUGGUGCAGCAGAGCCGUUCCCCGGCCGGGACACCAACUGAGGGCCUGGGGCGCGUCUCCACCCAUUCCCAGGAGAUGGAAUCCGGGACUGAAUACGGCAUGGGGAGCAGCACAAAGGCCUCCUUCACCCCCUUUGUGGACCCCAGGGUAUACCAGACGUCUCCCACUGAUGAAGAUGAAGAAGAUGAAGAAUCAUCAGCUGCGGCUCUGUUUACUAGCGAACUUCUUAGGCAAGAACAGGCCAAGUUCAAUGAAGCAAGAAAGAUUUCAGUGGUAAACGUAAACCCAACCAACAUUCGACCUCAUAGCGACACACCAGAAAUCAGAAAAUAUAAGAAGCGAUUCAACUCGGAAAUACUUUGUGCCGCUCUCUGGGGUGUAAACCUCCUGGUGGGAACGGAAAAUGGCCUGAUGCUUUUGGACCGAAGUGGGCAAGGCAAAGUCUAUAAUCUGAUCAACCGGAGGCGAUUUCAGCAGAUGGACGUGCUAGAGGGACUGAAUGUCCUGGUGACUAUAUCAGGAAAGAAGAACAAACUACGAGUUUAUUAUCUUUCAUGGUUAAGAAACAGAAUACUACACAAUGACCCAGAAGUAGAAAAGAAACAAGGCUGGAUCACAGUCGGGGACUUGGAAGGCUGCAUACAUUACAAAGUUGUUAAAUAUGAAAGGAUUAAAUUCCUAGUGAUUGCCUUAAAGAAUGCUGUGGAGAUAUAUGCUUGGGCUCCUAAACCGUAUCAUAAGUUCAUGGCAUUUAAGUCUUUUGCAGAUCUCCAGCACAAGCCACUGCUUGUUGAUCUCACGGUAGAAGAAGGUCAAAGAUUGAAGGUUAUUUUUGGAUCACACACUGGUUUUCAUGUAAUUGAUGUUGAUUCAGGAAACUCUUAUGAUAUCUACAUACCAUCUCAUAUUCAGGGCAAUAUCACUCCUCAUGCCAUUGUCAUCUUGCCUAAAACAGAUGGAAUGGAAAUGCUUGUUUGCUAUGAGGAUGAGGGGGUGUAUGUAAACACCUAUGGCCGGAUAACUAAGGAUGUGGUGCUCCAAUGGGGAGAAAUGCCCACGUCUGUGGCCUACAUUCAUUCCAAUCAGAUAAUGGGCUGGGGCGAGAAAGCUAUUGAGAUCCGGUCAGUGGAAACAGGACAUUUGGAUGGAGUAUUUAUGCAUAAGCGAGCUCAAAGGUUAAAGUUUCUAUGUGAAAGAAAUGAUAAGGUAUUUUUUGCAUCCGUGCGAUCUGGAGGAAGUAGCCAAGUGUUUUUCAUGACCCUCAACAGAAAUUCCAUGAUGAACUGGUAACAGAAGAGCACUUGGCACUUGUCUUCAUGGCGUUGUUUCUAAUUAAAAAGAACAUAACUCAUGUGGACAUAAGCCAGUCUAGAGCAGAAUCAGAAGGCUUGGUUGAACAUACCGCUUUCCCCUUUUCCUCUCCCUCCCCCGGUCCCAGUACAGUCCACAGUCCAUCUUUCAAUGUUGCAGCCUGGUUGAGAAGGAGAGAAAAACGUGGCAGGAAUUUCCAGGAGACCCCCAAGAAUGCUGCGUUGUUUGUGGACAAAUAUGGACCAUGUGCCCUUCGGAGUUAGGGAUAGAAACAAAUAUUGUGUGCUCUUAUGAUUAAGCUGUGUUAUGGUGGGUUUUGAGUUUUGCUUUUUGUUUUUCCACCUUUUUCCUUUACCCCCUUACUUUGUAAGAAUGGGGAGAGAAUGCCUACUGAGAAAAUGAGUCUGUUUUUAAUUCUGUCUGCCUGCUAGCUUUAAGUAUACGAUAUGUUGUAAAAUUUCCAAUUUCAAAUGGUGAGAGACAGCACAAUAAAUGUACCUUAUCUCCUCACACUGAAGGCCAUAAUUGCAUAGUGGGGUAAUUUUAGAACUCUUUUGCCUUCACCAACCCAAAAGGUUGCUUUUUGAUAGCAACUGGCUAAUGAAUUUUUAAAAGAAAAGAAAAAAUACUAGUUUUCCCCUCUUUGGGGAAAUAGAUUUUAAAUGGCUAAACUACUAGCCUUAGACUAAUAAAAUCAACUACCAUUUUUGUGAGUCUGACAGGCCCUAUUUUUAUAUGGCCCUGUGCAGAAUGGAAUGUGUUGAAUGGGAUAGUAGUGCCAUUGUGUUGAGUUGGCUCUAGCGAUUGAGGGACUCUAUAACACAACUUUCCCUCGGCUAUUAUGCAACAGAUCAGGGCAAAAGAUGGGAUGACUGUUGGGGUCGGACAAAAAGAGCUUCUGGGAAACAAACUAAAAAAAAAAAAUUUAUAUAUAUAUAUAUCCAUAUAUAUAUAUAUAUACAUAAAUACAAACACACACACACACACACACACACACACACAUAUAUAUAUAUAUAUACACAUUCUUUUUUUAAUGCACAAAGCCUCUAGCUAAGAGGUCACUGGCUUCGGGCUUCAUUAGGAGUGAGACUGUUGAGUUCUUUCUGGGAAUUGGGGAGUGAAUGACAUCCAGACUCUGGUCAUUCCCAGCUUUCUCCUGAGGGUGCCACUUUCUCAAGAUGAAAACUGUGACUGAAAAAAUAAUAAUAAUAAAUGUUUCUGAGCUGCCUGUGUUCUCUCUGGGUUGGUGAGAGAAGGGACUAGACUACUAGGCCUGCGUGAGACACAGCAGGCAUCACUGGUUCAGAGUUUAUAGAACUUAAAAGCAAGGCUUUGGCCAGAAUUCUGAGACCCUGAUCAUUUUCCCUUCCUCCAAAUUACCCAACAUACAGUAAACAACAUUUGUGCAGAGAUAUGUAUGUAUUUAGUUCAGGUUGACUUGUGUCCUUAUAAACUCUUAACUCGGAUGAUCUGAACUUUCACGUGACUGUCUGGGUUUUUUUUUCCAAAGCUACAAGCAUGGCCGCCUGUGGUAUCAAGGUGUUGCAAAACGAUAUCUGUGUUGCGCUUCCUGUUUUAACCUACCUCGUUUCGUUUGUUUUGUUUCACUGUUCAUCACAGCAGUGUUAUCUCCAGGAGACAUAUAGAGAGCUCAACUGGCAAUCUCAGGUGUAUUUAAUAUUUUUUAAACAAAACAGUAGUUGACCAAAUUGUUCUUCAAAAAUUAAAAAAAAAAUCCAACAUCGACAAAAACUAAUGUGGUUUGUUUCUGAAAAAAGCAAUUACGGUAAAGAGAUUUUUUUUUUUAAAGUCUGUGAUCCUACUGAUUUUUGCCUAACUACAUUAGCAGCUGAUGUACUAUCAAUGAGAACGAAAUAUAAGUUAGGAAAAUGGAACCAAUUCAAUCUGGUGGCUUGGGCAAACGGGGGAAGGGCAGGGGAAUUAUUGCAGUUUCUGAAGUAGAUGAUUAUACCCCUCCUGUAAAGGGGUUUAUCCUUUGCAUUUAUUUUAAGCAGAUAAUGCACAAUAAUGGAAUUGAGGAUUAUCUUCAGGCCAUCACCAAGAUGUCCUCAUCAUGGUCCCUUUAGCUCUCAAAAGCAAUGAAAUCCUCCCGUUCUCAUUUUUACUGCUAUGGAUCUGCUGCUGAACAACACUAUCUUCACAAAUUCCAUGCAACAAAUUUCAGCAAUAACUUUUUGGAUUGAAUUUAGCAACUACUGUAAUUGGAUGCUGACGUGGACAAAAUAUAUUGAUUUGGGUCCCAUCCCCAAAUGUGAUUGCCACCAGCUCUUUAUAUUGCUGCUGUGGUAUUUUGAACCAGAAGCUUCUUUAAAUUAUGUUGCAAACUGAUCUUUGUUUUUAUGUUAUGUUUUGUUUUGAUUUCUAAGUGAUGAGUUCGAAACACACAGCUUUAAAUGAUUUUUUUAUUGUGGGAUUUUGGGUACAGUUAAGAAAUAAAAGGGAAUCAUUGUGUUUAAACAUAAGGUAGUUUGUGAAUGUAUUUUUUAAAAUCUAGAGUCAUUGAAACAAAAACUCAUAAAAACAAUAUUAAUGCAGUCUUGUUUACAGUAUGUACAGUGACAUAACAUAGAACAUGAGCUUUUUCUGGUGCCAACAACAAUAAAACACAGACGUUAAACAUCAA